ACCUCUAUUGCUUUCGCUCAUAAUUUUGCAACACACUGUAGUACUUCAAGGUUGCAGGGUAUAGGGUGGUAGCGCAGGUCCCUCGGCAGUGAUAGUGUGCUGACUGCCAAGAGUACUUCCUCUGCCUUCACGGAAAACUCAUUACAACUCGAGACUGCUAAGAAAAUCUCCCAAAUGGCUGAUGACAGUGACUUCCAUUUCUUCGUGUUGACGCCCAGUGACUUUGACGACGUGACGAACCUUCUCGCCAGAGAAUUCUUCACUAGGGAACCGCUGACCCAGGGGACGCGCGCCACCAAUGUCCAGACCAAGAAGGGCAGAGUCGCAGAUGACGUCAGAAUGUGUCUUGAGUCGGGCGUGUCUGUGGGCGUGCGACACCGACCCACGGGCGAGCUGGUGGGCGUGAGAAUCAGCUUUAUAAAAUCACGGGUGGGAUCUUCGCCGGCCACUCAACCAGCGAAUGAACUGGCAGCGUUGUACCGCGUUUACGACGAAGUCAUGAAGGCAGUUGAUGUCUUUGAGGACCAAGACGUGGACAAAGUGUUAUCUAUGUAUAUGGUUGGCGUUCACAGAGACUUCGGAGGCCGUGGUCUUGGCAGGAAACUAGUGGAGUUCUGUAUGAAGGUAGGGGUAGAAAACGGAUGCCAGUUAUCUGUAACGUGCAUCACCAACAAGCUGUCAGGAAAGAUCUUCGAAAAGCUAGGUUACGAGGUGCGUCACUGCCUUGACCUGACCUCCCUCGGGCCGGACUGGGGCGUCGACACCUCGCUCAUGAACGGGAAUACCACCGUCAGGGUCAUGACCAAGCGGCUGCCAUGAAGAAGAAGAAGAACGGAAGUGUUGUCAACAUCCCAGCAACACUUUAAAUCGGCAGAAGAAGAUUUUGAUGUUUCUUCUGUUAUGAUUACAUCGUUCUUUUAAC